CACCACUGCCGGUCUGCCCCAGCUGCAAGUGAAUCCGCUUGGCAUCUCGCCUCGCUUUCCCCGCCACUUUCUUAUCCCCCCGUCGUCCUCGCCCUCUCGUCUCCCACUCGGCCAUUCCCAGGGCGAGAGCCAAGAGCCUGGCGAUGCGGCGGCUUCUCGCGCUGGCGGCGGCCCUGCUGGCGCUGCGGCCGGCGCUGGCCACCGACCCCUACGCCUUCUUCGACUGGGACGUCUCCUACGUCACCGCGGCGCCGCUCGGCGUCAAGCAGCAGGUGAUAGGCAUCAACGGCAAGUUCCCGGGCCCCGUCGUGAACAUCACCACCAACUGGAACGUCGUCGUCAACGUGCUCAACGACCUCGACGAGCCGCUUCUCAUCACCUGGAACGGGAUCCAGCACCGGAAGAACUGCUGGCAGGACGGGGUGCUGGGCACCAACUGCCCCAUCCCGUCCGGCUGGAACUGGACCUACGAGUUCCAGGUCAAGGACCAGAUCGGCAGCUUCUUCUACUUCCCCUCCACCAGCCUGCAGCGCGCCGCCGGCGGCUACGGCGGCAUCGUCGUCAACAACCGCGACGUCAUCGCCGUGCCCUUCGGCCGCCCCGACGGCGACAUCACCAUCCUCAUCGGCGACUGGUACAACAAGAACCACACGGAUCUGAGGAAGAUGCUGGACAAAGGGAAGGACCUGGGGAUGCCGGACGGCGUGCUAAUAAACGGCAAGGGCCCGUACCGGUACAACGACAGCCUUGUGCCGGCCGGCAUCGAGUACGAGACCUUCAAUGUGCAUCCGGGCAGGACGUACCGCAUCCGGGUGCACAACGUGGGCACGUCGACGAGCCUCAACUUCCGGAUCCAGGGCCACAACAUGCUGCUGGUGGAGACGGAGGGCUCCUACACCACGCAGCAGAACUACACCAACCUGGACGUCCACGUCGGCCAGUCCUACUCCUUCCUCGUCGCCACGGACCAGAACGCCAGCUCCGACUACUACGUCGUGGCCAGCGCCCGGCAGGUGAACGAGUCCCUCUGGCGCCGCGUCACCGGCGUCGCCGUGCUCCGCUACUCCAACUCCCGGGGCCCCGCCGCCGGCCCGCUGCCGGACCCGCCCCAGGACCGGGACGACCGGAGCUUCUCCAUGAACCAGGCGCGGUCCGUCCGGUGGAACCUCAGCGCCGGCGCGGCGCGGCCCAACCCGCAGGGCUCGUUCCGGUACUCGUCCAUCAACGUGACGCAGGCGUACCUGCUGCGGGGCACGGCGGCGGCGCCGGCGCGGAGCGGCGGGCGGCGGCGCGCGGCGCUGAACGGGCUCUCCUUCGCGCCGCCGGAGACGCCGCUGCGGCUGGCGGACGCGUUCGGGGUGGAGGGCGUGUACACGCUCGACUUCCCGGAGCGGCCGCCGGCGCGAGGCGGCGCGCCCCGGCUCGCGCGGUCCGUCAUCAACGGCACCUACCGCGGGUUCAUGGAGCUCAUCUUCCAGAACAACGACACCAGGAUGCAGAGCUACCACAUGGACGGAUACGCCUUCUUUGUCGUCGGGAUGGACUACGGCGAGUGGACGGAGGACAGCCGGGGCACCUACAACAAGGGCGACGGCGUGGCGCGGAGCACGAUCCAGGUGUACCCGGGCGCGUGGGCGGCGGUGCUGGUGUCGCUGGACAACGCCGGCGUCUGGAACGUGCGGUCCGAGAACCUGGACUCGUGGUACCUGGGGCAGGAGGUCUACGUCAGGGUCGUCAACCCGGAGGACGCCGGCAACAAGACGGAGAUGGCCAUCCCCGGCAACGCCCUCUUCUGCGGCCAGCUCCACAAGUACCAGAAGGAGCAAACUCCGCAUCACAGGAUGGGGGUGUCUGCCGCGGCGCCGCGCUCGCCGUCCGUGGCGCGCCGGCUGGUGUCGGCGGCGCUGCUCCUGGCCGGGUCCGUCGUGCUCGCACCGUAGCGCGUUACUUCUGCGGCGAGGUGGCUCCGUGUAUUAUGUAGGUUUGUCUAGGAUCAGAGGUCUAGGCCGUGCCAUUAUUUUCCCUGUCGAUAAAGAGAAUUUGCUCGUGUUGUUAAUUUUCAAAAAGAAAAAGAAAAAAGAAUUUGCUCGGGUUGCCCAGUGCUGGGCUGGGCCCGAUUGAUCGCCCGUGGUUCAGCUUUUCCUCGAUUUGGGUCCUGUUAGGAAGGGUCGCAUUGUUUCGCUAUGAUUUGUUCAUUCGUUUGUCUGUUGACCAGGAUAAAAAAAAUCUGGUAGCAUCUCGUAA